GACUGCUCAUUCAUAUACACAAAUGCUGAGGUUGUCAGCCUUCUGUUUAAUUUCAGCUCUGAUUAUUGAAUCUCACAGCUUUACACACACUUUUGGAGGAGCACAUAGAGGAAGAGAGAGGGAACAUAGAUAAGCAAGAUGGAGGGGACGGAAAUAGCCAUUUUCAACCACAUCUGUGAAUCCUCUGCCGGUCCUCUCCUGCGAGUGUGUCGGUGCCACUCCGGAGACGGUGUGGAGAAUGACACAGCAGAUUCAGUGGGACGCGACAGCUGUUGAGCGGCACGCCCUCUCAUUUUCAUUGCGCCGUAAUUGUUCAUGUGCGCGCCUGUGGGAUACCGGGAGCUCUCCACAGUGCUGAAGCUCUCGUGCCCUAACAUCAGCAAGCUCGUACCCCCCGACAUACCCCUCUAAAUCUGCGCAAAAGCGCCUGCGCAUCAGUUUGCAUCUAGAAGUGGUUUAACCACUUCUGCUGGACUAACUAGCCUCGCGCCGCUCUCACUUGCGGCGCCACACAGAGAGCCUCCGGAGCAGAGGUAGGAGAGUCACGCGCCACUAUCCAAGCGAAGAAGUGUUGCCAGGGAUGUUUGAGAGACUGCACUCCGUUACUGCAUAACACUGCAGGAUUUCUAAGUCUUAGCGCCUCGCUUAGGUCGAGACAAAGAAAUGAACACAAAAUUGCCUUCUCCUCCCACCCUGUCCCUCCCUUUCUCUCUCUUCUCUAUUUUGACUGAAACCGUAGGUUCCUCUUAGAGCGUCAUCUGGCUAUAAAGUGCACGCAUUAGGGACGCAUUCCCCGCUUCCACGAGACCGGUGCUGGUUAGUAUUUUAGCUGCGUGUGGAGUGGUGUGAGCGAUUUGUCAGCCUAAAAACAAGACAAACGCCUAAAAUGUGAUCAGCAUUGAUCAGUGAGAUUCCUCUGUACUUGCCACUGCUGCCGCCUCCGUAGAACAAACAGGACUGAAGACAAACGGAGGAGUGGAUGUCUCAAACAAGGAAGGGAGAGAGAGGAGACUGGAAGCAAGAAGGAGGGAGAGAAAAGAGAAAGCGUUUCCAGGGGGCUGGCAGUGGGAGUGCGCGCUGAGGGAUUGGUGCUGUCGCUUCAGCACCACAGCAGGUCUCACCCUCCGCUGAAUGUCACCCGCACCCUCCGUUCCUCCUCUUUUUGGGAUUUGACCACCGGACUCACGUGCCAGGAAAGCAGGCGACAAGGGUUUUAGUUUUCAGCUUCUUCGGAGGGAUGGUUAGAGUGCUCAGGAUGUUGACAUUUUGGAUGUUAUCUUUAUUCUCUUGUGUUUGUUAGAGCUGGUACGGAGUGUUUCCAAAUUUUUUCAAUUUUUUCAUCUUGGUCCUUAUUUUAUAGGUAUUUUCAUUUAUAAUUUCUUAGGUGGAGUUUUGAGUUGUUCAGCUACUCACGGUUUAACCUAACAGGCUAACUUGCAAAGUGCAUACCGCCGUUAACUACGUAGCCUACUUGUUUUAACAUAAUUUAAGUGCUCACGUCUGGUCCGGGUCCUCCGCGUAGCCUCACGCAAGGUUCGCGUUGUAAUGCCUGGAACCUGCUCGAGACAUGCCUAAGUGCUGCGAUGGGCCAGGGCGACGAGAAAGACCGUGUUGUGAUUAACGUGGGAGGGAUAAGACACCAGACCUACCGCAGCACGCUGCGCACUCUCCCGGGCACGCGUUUAGCCUGGCUCGCCGAACCAGACGCACACAGCCACUUUGACUAUGACGCCCAGACCGAAGAGUUCUUCUUCGACCGCCACCCAGGCGUCUUUGCCCACAUCCUCAACUACUACAGGACGGGCAAGCUGCACUGUCCCGCGGAUGUCUGCGGUCCCCUGUACGAGGAGGAGCUGGCUUUCUGGGGGAUUGACGAGACGGACGUCGAGCCAUGUUGUUGGAUGACUUACCGCCAGCACCGGGAGGCCGAAGAGGCUCUGGACAGCUUCGGCGGAGGGCCUGCCGAGAUGGGCAACGAGGACGGGGAUGGAGAGAUGGGAGAUAUUACGGACGGGGAUGAAGAGCUGGAGAUGUCUAAAAGAUUGGCCCAUGGGGACUCUCCGGAUGCCAAGUCCGUCGGAUCUUGUCAGCGGUGGCAGCGGAAAAUGUGGGCUCUCUUUGAAGACCCUUACUCCUCCAAAUAUGCUAGGUGGAUAGCAUUCGCCUCUCUCUUCUUCAUCGUGGUGUCUAUCACCACCUUCUGUCUGGAGACGCACGAGGCCUUCAACCCCAUCUUCAAUCGCACGGAAACGAACCCCGUGGACAACAGCACGCGCUACUACCAGGAGACCGAAACCGUGGCCUUCCUCACCUACAUUGAGGGCGUAUGCGUGAUGUGGUUCACCUUCGAGUUUCUGGUGCGUAUCGUCUUCUGUCCGGACAAACUCAAGUUUGUGCGCAACACCCUCAACAUCAUCGACUUCGUGGCCAUCCUGCCCUUUUACCUGGAGGUGGGUCUCAGUCACCUUUCUUCUAAGGCGGCUAAGGACGUGCUGGGCUUCCUGCGCGUGGUGCGCUUCGUGCGUAUCCUGCGUAUCUUCAAGCUGACGCGUCACUUCGUGGGGCUGCGCGUGCUGGGUCACACGCUCCGCGCCAGCACCAACGAGUUCCUCCUCCUCAUCAUCUUCCUCGCCCUGGGCGUGCUCAUCUUCGCCACCAUGAUCUACUACGCCGAGCGCAUCGGCGCCGCACCCAACGACCCGCGCGCCUCCGAGCACACACACUUCAAGAACAUCCCCAUCGGCUUCUGGUGGGCUGUGGUCACCAUGACGACGCUGGGCUAUGGUGACAUGUAUCCGCAGACGUGGUCGGGCAUGCUGGUGGGGGCGCUGUGCGCUCUGUCGGGCGUGUUGACCAUCGCCAUGCCCGUGCCUGUCAUCGUCAACAACUUCGGGAUGUACUACUCACUGGCCAUGGCCAAGCAGAAGCUACCAAAGAAGAACAACAAGCACAUCAAGCGCGCGCCGCAGCCCGGAUCGCCCGACUACAAGUCUGCGCUCAAUUCGCCGCUCAAUUCGCCGCACCACAGCACGCAGAGCGACACCUGCCCCCUGGCCGCUCAGGUGGAGCGUACAGACACGGAACGCACAGAUUCCAAAGUGAACGGAGACGCGGCCAAGGCAGCACUGGCCAAUGAGGAUUGCCCCCACAUAGACCAGGCCAUCUCCCCCGAGGACGGCCGGGUGUUCAGCCCCUGCGACUCGGGCGGGGAACCCUGUUUUCUGCUCAACAUGGGUCCCCGAGCCACCCACAUCACCAAACGGGUCAGGAAGGAUCCAUGUAAAGAGGACACUGUUUUGGUUCAGUAUAUGCAGACUGAAGUUCUAAGGGUGACCUGAAGAGUGUGUGUGUGUUUGUGUGUGUGUACCAUCCCCUGGCGCACACACACACAGGACCGGCUCUCGAGACCUUCCUCCGUUGUUCUGUUGCACAACAACAACCAUCGCGGAGCUUUCUGGAAUCGGAGAUCACCGCCUGAGAGAGCGAGAACGAUGAGACGUAGGGAGGACUAUCACUGAUUACAUUGACCCUCAAAGGACGAGACGUGUAUCGUUUUCUUGAAACACACGUGAACUGCGAUGAAAGAUUUGGUUUCCUGUUUUUCUUUAGUUCCCUCAUCAUCAGAAUGGAAUUUAAAAGACAACGUGUGUUGUCAGGGGAACGAUGAUGACAUAAAAAACAAAAACAAUUCCAGAGAUGCUACAGCUUCUACAGGAUGUGACAUCAGGAGAUGAGUGGUGUUAUUAAGCAUCAACAAGAAUUGCUCAAAGAUACUAAUGAUAUGACCAACAAUAUCAGCAGAGAAGACUGUAGAAGACUCUUAUCUUUUUCUUUAGCAUGAGUUGUAUAGCAUGGUAUAAUACAAAAACUGAAAAAACAGCUGGUAUGCCUAUCUGUACGAAAAUUAUAUUUUCUUUCACGAGCCCUUUGCAUACAUUUAUGUAGCCAUAUAAUUAAGAUGUUCAAUGAAGGUGUAAUUUCUUCAUGUCUCCUCAUAUCAUGUUUGUGCUCACGGACUUGGCAGCUUGGGUCAUAUUGACCAUCAUGCACGCGACACACGGGGAUUAUGUAAUAUUCGAGGAGGAAACAUUUUAGCAAGAUCUCUGUUUUAACGACAAUUUUUUUUUUUUCUUGUUUCUGUUGGCAUGCUCGAGCUACUGGAUCUUCAUGAGAAAAUCAGACAGGCUAAAUUAGUUGAUAUAUUUUUUGGGUAUAUGCUAUGGUUAUUGGUGAUCCUACGUGAACCUACAUAUUUCACAUUAUUACGUAUAGAAUUUUAUCAGUGUUAUUUUUUGAAGAAAAAGAAUUAUGAAAAAAAGGACAAAAAAUGGCAUCCGUGGGUAAAGGAGGGACUCUCCUCACCCUAUCUGUCCCCUUUCUGAGCAUUUGAAAAAAAAAGUAUUUUGAAAAAUGAUGAAAAAAACAGAUAUGUAUAUUUACAUUAUAAGAGCAUUGUAUGCAAUUGGGAGGGGGGUUUUAAUGCAUGCACAAUGUUAUGCAAAUAAGUCAAUAGAUAAACCAGAACAAGACAACAAUUCUAGCAUGAAAUAAAUUUUGUAUGAAACCUGUCA